CAAAACCCUUGUGACCCUUUAGUACGGGGAAUACGCUGCUGCAACCGCCAUCACAAUGACGCAGGUUUUCUAACUAUUGGCCCCCAUCAACUUCAUUCGUCGUGGGAAUCAAUUUGAUAUCACAUUCAGUAUUGAAAAGGAUAUCUACGAACGCAGGAGAACUGAGACUAUGAGGGUGUUUUGGCUAGGGGUGCUGGUCGUGGCUGCUGUGGUCAUAGAUUUCACACACAGCGAGGCUCGCUCAGCAUCACACACAGACACUAGAUACAAUGACUUAGAUGAUCUGCCAAGGAUUCGAGUGCGAAGGCAAGGCGACACAGGCCCAACAGGCGCUACAGGUCCUCAAGGACCCCCAGGCUCAGCAGGUGCGCGAGGUCCUGUUGGUCCUUUUGGACCUACGGGUCCAACCGGCCCCCAGGGUAACCCGGGCCCUCUGGGUCCUUUCGGUCCGACAGGCCCCGUGGGCCCCAUAGGACCUACAGGGGUUCAGGGUCCUAAGGGUGACACUGGCCAACGAGGACCACAAGGCCCAUUUGGCCCCACUGGGGCUGCAGGGCAGACAGGUGCCACGGGGGCCAUUGGGCCGACUGGAGACAAAGGCAACAAGGGCGCAAAGGGGAGUAAAGGGGCCAUAGGCGCUGCUGGAUUGACAGGACCAACAGGUCAACGGGGCCCAGUCGGGAAUGUAGGUCCUAUCGGGAGCCAGGGAACCACCGGUCCCAAAGGACAGAAAGGUGAGGUAGGGGCACAGGGCAUCGCAGGUCCAAAAGGACAGAAAGGAGAAGCCGGAAACCAAGGAUCAUCUGGAAUCAAGGGACAGAAAGGGAAUGUUGGAGCAGUCGGAUCAGUAGGGGCAAUAGGACCUUUUGGUCCAACGGGUCCAACGGGUUCAACAGGCCCGGUCGGUGCGACUGGCUCCAUAGGAUUUGCUGGCCAAACCGGACCAAAGGGACAAAAGGGUGCCGUGGGCUCUCAAGGCUUCACAGGGCCUGUUGGUGCCACCGGAGCCCAGGGUUUCUCCGGACCAGCGGGCCCUGUGGGUUCAACCGGGCCCACUGGUGCAAAGGGAGAACGCGGGUUUCAAGGCCCAAGUGGUCCAGUGGGUGCUACAGGGCCGUCUGGAUUUAAGGGUGAAAAGGGAACACCAGGAGAAGUAGGGCCUACUGGGUCCCAGGGGAAUAACGGCGUCACUGGACCAAAGGGGGCCGUUGGUGCCACCGGACCUCAAGGCCAAAAGGGAGAAUUCGGAGCCACAGGAGCUGUAGGCCCCGCCGGGCCUGAAGGGCCUAAAGGGCAGAAAGGUGCCCUAGGGCCUGUUGGGCCACAGGGAGCCUUAGGGCCACAAGGUCCGAUCGGCGUCGCAGGGCCCACCGGGGCAACUGGUUCGACGGGACCAGUAGGUCCAGCCGGGUCGACAGGACCAAAGGGAGCCGUCGGGGAUUCAGGGCCUCAAGGUGCGGUUGGGGCCACAGGAGCAGUGGGAUCAACUGGACCACAGGGUCCUAAAGGAGAGAAAGGAGCAAUAGGUUUACAAGGUCCCUCGGGUCCUCAGGGGAGCGCAGGUCCUCAAGGUAUUAAAGGUGUUCAAGGUUUACAAGGCCUAAAUGGACCGACCGGAGCGACGGGUGCCAGUGGAACUAAUGGAGAGAAGGGUCAGAAGGGUGACAGAGGAUUCCAGGGACUUAACGGGGUAGUUGGCGCCACCGGAGGCACAGGGGGUGUUGGUCCUGCAGGACCGGAAGGACCUACCGGACCGCUAGGAGCCACAGGACCCACGGGACCCCAGGGAACAGCAGGAGUGACCGGACCCCAGGGUGUUCAGGGUGCGGUGGGUCCCCCUGGGGUCACGGGUCCAGCUGGUCAACAAGGAGAUAAGGGUGUUAAGGGUGACCAGGGCCCCCAGGGGAUUCAAGGUCUGCCCGGGCCCCAGGGAUCCAUGGGUCCCACAGGGGCCACCGGCCCAGCAGGUCAAGUGGGGGAUAGGGGGCCGACAGGUGCUACCGGACCCCAGGGUAAUCAGGGGCCAAGAGGUGAGACAGGGGUGGCAGGACCAGCAGGAAGUAAAGGAGAUCUGGGACCAGUGGGACCAACAGGAGCGACGGGGGCCACGGGUCCAAUGGGUGAGACAGGACCUCAGGGACCAAACGGUACCAAAGGGGAAGUAGGUCUCAGAGGUAUGCAAGGCUUGCCUGGACUGACCGGCCUAACAGGGGACACGGGACAGACAGGUGACGUCCGAAAGGGCGACAAAGGCUCCAAUGGCACCACGGGAGAGACAGGUGCCCCUGGCCCACAGGGAGAGGUCGGUGCUAACGGCACGGUGGGUGCCACCGGUGCUGUCGGCCCUACAGGUCCCUCGGGCCAGAAAGGGGAGCCUGGAGCCAAGGGAAGUAACGGCGCCACGGGCGUCCAAGGAAGCAAAGGAGAACGGGGCAGCGCCGGGGUGGUGGGUCCGGGUGGACCUACAGGCUCGACUGGACCGACAGGUCCUAUUGGUCCUCUUGGUCCCACCGGCGCCACGGGUCCUGUAGGUCUUAAUGGAAGCCGAGGUGAUGUGGGACCAAUAGGACCUACUGGACCAACGGGACAAAAGGGUGAAUUGGGACCACAAGACGUGGACGAGUGUGCUACCAACAAUGGCGGCUGCCCCGGGCUGUGUAUCAACACUGCAGGCUCAUACUUCUGCUACUGUGAUGUGGGUUACCAACUGUCCACUAGAGACGUCCGGGUGUAUCCCUCGCGCGUCCCCAUCACCCAGUGUCCUGCAGAUGUACAGGCAGGGAGGAAGAAACGCCAAGCAGCCACACAAAUAUCCUCAAGCGGAAGGGAAUUUGUCAUCAUGAACCUGGAGAACCGAGUGGGUGACGAGAACCAAAACCGUCGUCUUUACCUAUACAUCCUCUCCGCGUCCUCCACCAGUGUUGCUGUCACCAUACGCUGGUAUAACACUGCUGGCGCCCUGCAGGAGGUCACGCGGACCAUCAACGCCGGUGACGCCCAUCAGGAGCUACUGGAUAGUAACCUCGAGACCCAGGGGAGCACCUUGGCCACGAAAGCUGUCCGGUUGUCUGCCAAUGGCGAUAUUAUUGUUUGGUCGUACAACAAAAACGCCCACUCCGUGGACGGAUACCUAGCUUUACCCAUUGAAGCUCUGGGGACGAACUACUACACGGUGUCCUACUCCCCGCCAAAGUUCCAGACAGAGUUUGGCGUGGCGGCAGUGGAGGACGGCACCACGGUAACGAUCACGUUGCCUGCCACGGCAUCUGGCGCCAAUGCGGUCUCGGUGACCUACAACGGCUUCACGUACUCCAGUGGGUCCCAGAUCGUCGUGACCCUGAACCAGUACCAGGCUCUCCAGCUCCAGUCCACUUCCGGCUCCUUCUCAGACCUCACAGGAACGCGCGUCCAAGCCAACAAGAACAUCGCUGUGUUCAGUGGCAACGUGAGGACCAACGUGCAAGGUCUGGUUUCCGCCACACCUCAGAGAGACCACUGUGUGGAGCAGAUACCCCCAGUGACCCUCUGGGGCAGGGAUUUCGCCACGGUGCCCAUACCACAGAGAACGACCGGGGACCUGUUUAGGGUCGUAGCGUCCGAGGCCAAUACCCAGUUCACGCGCACUAACGGCGCCGGAACCGUCACGUCCUACACCAUCUCUGCUGCUGGCGGUCACCUUGACCUUGACCUGCCCAGUGAUGACUACCAAAGGAUCGUUGCCAAUAAACCGAUUCUGGUCCAGCAGUUUGUUAAAAGUUACCUUAACCCUAGCGAACCUGGCGACCCUUCAAUGGUGUCUGUUAUCCCUACUACUGCUUACUCAAACAAUUAUAGGUUUACACUACCAGCCUUGGGGGACUACACGUGGACUCAUUUCAUGAUGAUAGUCAUUGAAGACCAGUACAAGAACACUCUGUCUCUGGAUGGCACACAGUUAUCUGGGGUCACGUGGAACAAUAUUAAUAACAGUCCCGUGUCCUCAGACCUCACAAACCUUGUCGGAGGCUUCGUGGCGAUUUCUACCGAAGCGACGGUGAGAGUGUUGAGCAGUUCCAACGCCCAGGCUAGGAUGAUGAUUAUGUUAUAUGGUAGAGCACCCGGGCAGUCGUACGCUGUCCCGCUAGGGGUCUCAUUUCAAGAGGCUCCAUCAAACGUGGACGCACAAGUUUGUAACACAGACGCCGCAGGCACGUGCUGCACCUGCCAUAUUGGCGGGAAUCAGUAUGCACCCUACCAGGGGGCAGCACAGGCUGACUGCUGUGUUCAGGAAAAUGUAAGAUGCAGAUACCCUACCACCAACGUGAAGUUGUGUGAGUGUGACGUCAACGGCGUCGUAAUUCAGUUGAACAGUACAAACUGUGAAAACAAGGACGAGUGUGCCGUGAACAACGGUGGCUGUCAACACGUAUGUACAGACACGACCUUUGGACAGGGUCUUAAUGGGGGCGGCUACACGUGCAGCUGUUAUACUGGCUACCAACUAGCACUGGACGCUCACGAGUGCAUAGAUAUAAAUGAAUGUAACGCAGGUCGCUGUACCAGCUCCGAGGUCUGUGUGAACACAGUGGGCUCAUAUUAUUGUGUUCGAUCUGAUAGCAUGGGAGCAAGUGGACUUGUGGCCCCAGAAAUCGUCCAGAAAACCCCGGCCUACCUGACGGCGGCAGUCACUGGGAACACCAUCUGGUCGUCAGUGUUAACUGUGGUAGUGGUGCUCGUGAUUGCGGUGGGGUUCAGAAGAUGGCGGAAGGCACAGUGUCAACCUGACAGCGUGAAAUCAGAGAACUGGUCUCUGUACUCGGAGAGAAUUGACGUCGAGCAAGUAGCUCAUGCCGCGGCCGCCUCUAGUCGUGUGAACCCAGUAUUCGCGGAAACACAACAUGAGGAGGAAAAUACAGCCUUGUAGUAUUUAUUAUGAUUAUUGUAUUUCUUAUUUUUAUUCUUGUGAAUAACGCUGACUGGAUGAAAAAAUACUGCACUGACCUUUCCUACAUUUCGAGUUCCAUGAUAUCUUAUUUGUUUCAAAUUCCAAUCAAAAUCUAUCAAAUUUAUCAAAUAACCUUAUCAUCCAAAUGCGACGUGUACAAGUAUACAGAUAAUUUCCAUUGAACUGAUUUGUAUAAUGUAGAUACAUUAGGCUAUAAUCGAAAAUUCGGUGCGUUUCUUUAACUUGUUUCAGUUAUGAGCCUGUAUAGAUAUGUUUUCAAUACAUAUUCUCACCGAUGUUUUGAAAGGCGGAUGAGAUAUUUUCAUACAAAACAAAUUUUUUAAACGUAACGUUCCAGUAUCAUCUUGUCUCUAGUAAUGAUAUUCCCAGUAGUGUAUCACAUGUAUGUACUUUAUGAUAUAGGCAUAGAAUUAAUUCAAAGUUCAUUCUACCUCGUAUUGAUAAACAGAGAUUACAAAGACUAUAUAAUAUAAGAAAAACAUUACCAAGGCUUUUGUUUGUGAAGUUGCUGUGUAUUCAGUAAACCAACGGUGCAUCCUCUUUAAACCUCUCUCUCUCUUUGCAUCUCUCCCCCUCACACACACACACGCUCUCUCUCAGAUUUAAGUUUCGAGAGGUUUACCUGGUUUGUGACAAUUUAAAUAUGUAUAAUUUCACAUUAUGUGUUUAAUGUAUGUGUAUACCACUUCCUACACACGGUCGCACAUGCAUGUAUGUCAAACGUUGCAUAUCAGAUGUGAAUAGAUGUAUUUUAGAAUCAUUUCAGUAUGUAGGUUGUACAUAGAUAUUUAACAAACCCAUUUUAUAUUCAAUAUUUGAUAUCUGAAAAAUGUUGAUUUUUUUUUUCGUUUUAAUUUUAAAACAGAAGUAUAUUUUCUUAUACUUGUAGCAGUAGUUAUACAUCUUAUUCCGUCCACAGUUCAGUAUUCUGUUUAAUAGAGAUUAUAGGAUAUGCAUCUGUAACGUAAAAAGUAAGUGAUAACGUAAAAUUAAUAAUUGCUCAAGUGUUGAUAUAGCGUCUAUGUAGAAAAUAAAGCAUUAACUAAUUCA